CCUUCAUUACAGAACAACUCCCAGCGUUUCCGCCAGGAAGAAGUGAACUUUAAAUUGCAAUAUAGUGACAAAGUUUCAGGAUACCUUCCAGUCGCUUCAUCCCGGUGGCCGAGCCAGAGCAAUGCCCACCCACAGCCACAGCCCCAUCCCCCCUGGGCCAGCAGAGCUGGGUCCCCCGGGGCACCCCCCAGCCCGCCGGCCGCACCGAUUUCCUUCCCGGAUCGCGGCUCCCUACGGAUUUUCCCCGCCCGAUGCAACCCCCGCCAGGCUACGCGGUACGAGAUGAACUUCAGCAAAAAAAGGCAGUGUUACAGCAGUGCUGGCAGAACAUCCAUGGUGCAUAUUGUUGUGUUGAAAGAGAAGAUUCUAGGGAGACCCAGUGUUCUCUUUGAAGUGUUUUAUACUUGGAUUCCUCACUGUAACCAACAUAUUCCUGUGCAGCAAUUUCUCAGUGUCUGUAGAAGAAACAUCCACCUCCAGCUGCUCCAGAUGAUGAAAAGAUCCCUGAAUCACAUUGUUCCUGAAAUGUUUGCCUGCAUUGCAGAUGGCAGCCUCCUACAGACCUACAGGAAGCCAAGCAGCCGUGGUGUCAGAGAGGAUGAAUAUUUAAACAACAGUCUUCAGUCUUGCUUCAAAAUGUCCCUGUGUGCAUCUUCUCACAAGGACUUUUCUCAAUUGCUGCCACUUCAGGAUAUUGGAUGCAAUAAAACAGAAAUUAAGAACACACCCACUGGUAUCGUCUCUCCAGUUCCCUACAGCUGUAAUCAGUCCACGUUGACAGCAGAACACAGCCCAGUCUACAUUCCCUCAUCUUACAUGGAAAACAGACAUGAAUAUUCGGCAGUGGCUUUCUGCAGUCCUGCUGUGAUGAACUACAACAUUUCCAGCAAUUUUGGUGAUUCAGAGAGUGCAUCUGCCAGGCAAACCAGCAGCCCCAGUCUGUUGUGGUCUGGUCCAGGCCACCUCUCCCCUCUGACACUGCACUGUCAGUCCUCACUUCUGUAUGCAGAGCAGCCAAAGAGUCCCUGGUGUGAAGCAAGAUCAGUGGACCCACUGCUACCUGUGGCCAGAGAAACAUUAAAAAGGAAAACUGAUGGCAAUGAGUGUACAAGCCCAAUUGCAAACAAUCCUGGCUCAAAAAGGGAUGCCCACUACUGUGCAGUCUGCAGUGACUAUGCUUCAGGAUACCACUAUGGGGUCUGGUCAUGUGAAGGCUGCAAAGCAUUCUUUAAAAGAAGCAUUCAAGGACAUAAUGAUUACAUCUGCCCAGCUACCAAUCAAUGCACCAUAGAUAAAAACAGGCGCAAAAGCUGCCAGGCAUGCCGGCUACGGAAAUGUUAUGAAGUGGGAAUGAUGAAAUGUGGCUCAAGAAGAGAACGUUGUGGGUAUCGGAUCCUCCGUCGCCAUCAGAAUUCAGAAGAUCAAGUUCAUUGCUUUGGCAAAACUAAGAAAUACAGUGGGACAGGAACCCGUAUAAAAGAGAUCCUGCUCAGCACAGUCAGCCCAGAGCAGUUUGUUUUAACCCUGCUUGAAGCAGAGCCUCCGAAUGUCCUGGUGAGUCGUCCCAGCAAGCCAUUCACAGAAGCCUCCAUGAUGAUGUCCCUGACAAAACUGGCAGACAAAGAGCUGGUUCACAUGAUUGGCUGGGCAAAAAAAAUUCCUGGCUUUAUUGAUCUCAGCCUCUAUGACCAAGUAAGACUCCUGGAGAGCUGCUGGAUGGAAGUUUUAAUGGUUGGUUUGAUGUGGAGAUCAAUUGACCAUCCUGGGAAACUGAUUUUUGCACCAGACCUUGUACUAGACAGGGAUGAGGGAAAAUGCGUAGAGGGAAUUUUGGAGAUCUUUGAUAUGCUCCUGGCCAUGACCUCGAGACUCCGAGAGCUGAAACUGCAGCACAAGGAGUACCUGUGUGUCAAGGCAAUGAUCCUCCUCAAUUCCAGCAUGUUUCCCUUGACAGCAGAAGAACCUGAGAGCAGCAGGAAACUGCAUCACCUGCUUAACGUAGUCACAGAGGCUUUGGUGUGGGUUAUUGCAAAGAGUGGGAUCCCCUCACAUCAGCAGACAACUCGUCUGGCCAAUUUGCUGAUGCUCCUCUCUCACAUCAGACAUGCAAGUAACAAGGGAAUGGAGCACCUCCUGAGCAUGAAGUGUAAAAAUGUGGUCCCUGUGUAUGACUUGCUGCUGGAGAUGCUGAAUGCCCACACUCUCCGAGGCCAAAGGAAGUCCCCGGUCACGCAUCCUGAAUUUGGCCCAUCAGAACAAAUGGAGACUGGAGACAGCCUGCGACACGGGGCAGCCCAGUAAUUCUGCAGGGACCUGGAGAUGUGGUGCUUGUUCCAAGCUGUGGGAGAAAACAAAGCUGCUGUGAUGGGACUGCUGAAGUGUGACCAAGUGCAAGUCCUCAUUUUUUCUAGAUUUGCACACUGGUACCUCGGGAAAGGAUCGUGGGAUGCACAUCUCUGUGCAUGUUUCUGACAUUACAAUAGCUGCACUUUUACAGUGCCUUGUCUGGGACUCUUCUAAAGCACCUUAUGAACUUAAGCCUCAGAACAUCACUGCAGGACAGGGGAUUACUGCCUAUCCUUGUGAGAGGCAGGUGAGCUGAGUCAGAGAGGUAAAGAGCCUGGUUCAAGAUGGCAAAACUCUGUGUCUAGGCUAGGAGUGAGCACUGAGGUCUCCAUCUCCCAGACCAAGGUUUCUAAGACCUGACUAGAUGAUCUCCUCUUUCAGCAUGACAUUGUAUGAAAUGUAGAGCAUCAUCACUUGGGGCAGAGCUGACUACCUGUACAUGCUGGUUCCUGGAGAAUACCUGCUUAGCUGAGCUAGAUAAAGUGCCGAGAUCUGUACAGCGUGAAGGAGUUUCUUCUGUUCUUAAAUAUGCACCAGCUGCAAGGGCCUUCACUUGAAGGCCAUUUGGAAUAGCUUCUAGGGCCUGUUCAGAGCCUCUUCAGAAAUGUUAAGCAAGCUUAAGUUUGUAUUUUGUGAGCCUGUUCUGAACACUCACAUUAUUAUCUGCGUGUAAUUCUUCAGUGCUUUAAGCAAUGACCAAACUGCCUAAGUAUUCCAGUGAAUGCUGACUGUGAAAACGUAUUUUGUCUGUGAUAUUGACAUGUUGUUUUAUAUAUUUAUUAAUGAUGUUCAUUCUGUUAUGAUAUUUAGGUACUAGAGGCUGCUUUGUGAAUGUGAACUGUUUGCUUCUGUCGAUGAUCUGUGAAUCAGGGCUUGUGAAAUCAGCUAGAAACAAACCAUCUCGCCUUCCUUUUUGACUCAUGGCAGGAAUUCUGUCCUACCUGACCAAACCCUCUUGCAAGGGCAAGCUUUUGCCUGCUGCCUCCAGGUUUGCUGCUUGCUUCUUUUCAAAGUGCAUGGCACCUUGUGCUGUGGUUUUCACUUCUUGUGUGGAACCCCUCAAAGAGCAGGGGGUGAUGCUUUUGGCACUUUCUUUGCUUUACGAAUUUGAUGAAUUGUUGGAAUUUCACUGAAGAUGUGGGUUUAAACCCCCCUGUUGUGCUGAUUUCUUCACAUGUUUAAGCUGUACUGAGCAAAAACUCCAGAGGAAAUACCUUGGCCAAUUACCUCAGCAAAGAGCAGAGGCAUCAUUCAUUCUGGCAACUGUAAAGAUCACAUUGUGAUGUGAGCUUGGCUUGCAGCCACUCUAAAUGGAUGUUUUUAAACAUAAUACGUGUAUGUUCUGGGCAUUCUGGGUAUGGUGAAAUUAAAUUGGCAUCACACCAGAAGUUUAUUUUGAGCCAGUAAGUCUUUUGGAUUAGGGACUUUGAUUAGCAUGUCAUUUGCAUACUUUGAAUAUGGGUCAAACUUUUGAUCUUGGUGUUUUUUUCAAAGCCAAGGAUAGUAUUUUUUAUAGGAGGAGCAUAAAGAGUUUUCAGUGAGUUACAUAAGUCGAUUGUCUUGUUUUGAUCUUAUACUAUAACAGAUGCUGCUGCUGGUCUAAAUUUUUACUAGCUGCCUUUAUACUAUUUUAAAGAAACUGUAACAUAGCAGUGCCCUUCUAAGUGAGUGUAAGGUUUAUUGCAAAAAAGGGAAAAAAUGUGACUACAGUCUGGAAUUCAUUGGUACUUUCAUUCUGAGGAAAGUUUUACUGUGAAACACAUGAGUUUCAGUGUUCCCUGGGCUUG